GGUCACCCCGGCCGGCCGGAGCCGCACAGCCCUCGCAGGAGCAGCCCGCCGCCCGUCCCGGCCAUGGGUAGCAGCAGCUGGAGGAGCCGGCCUGGGCCCAGUGCGGGGCAGCGAGCCUGAGUCUAUGGGACAGCUUGCUUGCUAUUAACUUUCACAUCUUGGCAUGUCAGCUCUCCGCUUGCUAAGGAAAUAGUGAAAUGAUUCACGUGCAAUGCCUAAGUGCCUUCUCCAAGACCUCACCAAAAGUCUUUUGCAGAGCAGGGAGCUGGAUCCCGGUCUCCUGAGUACCAGGUGCAAGGCCCGGCAAUGUCACUAAAUGAGCCCUGCAUCAAAGAUUCCUUCCUUUAAAUGAGAGGACCAAACAGGACGGUGUGAUGAACAUGCCACUGCAUCAGAUCUCUGUCAUUCCAGCUCGGGAUGUCACCUCUUCCAGAGUCUCUAGGAGCAAGACCAAAGAAAAAGAGAGAGAGGAACAGAAUGAGAAGGCUUUGGGACAUUCCGUGAGCCGUUCCAGUAACAUCUCAAAGGCUGGCAGUCCAACCUCCGUUUCUGCUCCUCAUAGCUUCUCUCGGACUUCUGUUACGCCAUCCAAUCAGGACAUCUGCAGUUCCAGUGCAGUAUUUUCUGAAUGUUGUCAUCACAGUCCAGUGCAGUCUGCUGUUGUCUUGAAAAAUCCUCACUGCCAGAAUUCUCUGACACAAGGGGUCUCAGUGACAGUAAUCUGUCAGGACACGUUACUGGCAUCAAAGAGAAACUCCCAUGGGCAGGAUUGGGUCCAUGCGCUCGAGUCUGUUAAAAAUGCAAAAGCCACCCGAGCUCUUAAAUUCUCCAAGUCCCUCAACGACAUGGACCAGAAGGCACAGAGCACCACAGAGGGCUCUAACUAUGGGGAGCGAACAUGCUCUGAAGGCAAACUGACCCCGACACAGGAGCAGUGUUUAAGGAUUAACAGAUUUAAUCAGAAAGAGAAGAAAUCGCUCAAUCUCAGGCCUUCUUUUAGCAAUUCUAAACACUCUUACAUGCCUCUUUCCACCACCUACUCGAGCGCUUCGGGAGCAGCCGAGAACCACCACGCGGUGCAUAUACCUCUCCUGGAUGACAAGGUGGACAAUGAGACAUCAUCAAGAAGCAAAAAGCUGCUGCGCUACCUCUUUUCCUUCUCCCACAGCUCGAGUGCCAACAGCCUGCAUAAGUUCCAUGAACUAGAGAGCUAUCCGAGCCACUUCCAAACUGCAAAAUCCUCCAGCGUGCUGGUGGAAAGCACAGGCUUCUGCUCUGAUGACAUGGGGGAUGACGACGUAUUUGAGGACAGUGCCUCCGUGAGGUUGAAAUCAAAAGAGCUGCGGGCACCACUCUGUUCAGUUGAGAAAGACAGUGACCUAGACUGCCCUUCUCCCCUGUCAGAAAAAUUCCCCCCUCUUUCCCCUGUGUCCACGUCGGGGGAUGCCUGCAGGAUAUGUCACUGUGAAGGAGAUGAGGAGAGUCCUUUGAUUACCCCCUGUCACUGCACAGGAAGUCUUCAUUUUGUGCACCAAGCCUGCCUGCAGCAGUGGAUCAAGAGCUCAGACACCCGAUGUUGUGAACUCUGCAAGUAUGAGUUCAUCAUGGAGACCAAAUUAAAGCCCCUACGAAAGUGGGAGAAGUUGCAGAUGACGGCCAGUGAGAGGAGGAAGAUCAUGUGCUCUGUAACAUUCCAUAUCAUUGCCAUCACCUGCGUCGUGUGGUCUCUGUAUGUCCUUAUAGACAGGACUGCUGAAGAGAUUAAACAGGGACAGACUACUGGGAUUCUAGAGUGGCCAUUUUGGACUAAGUUGGUAGUUGUGGCUAUUGGCUUCACUGGAGGACUUCUGUUCAUGUAUGUCCAGUGCAAAGUGUAUGUACAGCUGUGGAAGAGACUUAAGGCUUAUAACCGAGUAAUAUAUGUACAGAACUGUCCAGAAACUAGCAAAAAGAGUAUCUUUGAAAAACCUGCAUUAAUGGAGCCAAAUGUUGAAAAUAAAGAAAUGCUUGGGGUCCACCAUUCGGAUACAAACUCUUCACAUUACACGGAGCCUGAAGACUGUGGUGCAGAAAUCCUUCAUGUCUGAUCUUUGGGGGCUGGGGAAGGGUGAGGGUUCUGUAUGUUCCUGAAGAUCAAAAGCAUCAUUGUUUACUGCAAACUGCUCUACCUUUUUUAAAUCAGCUAACAGCCUAGCACUGGCGGAUUACUUGUUUUUUUUUAAAAACAUUUUUUUUACCCCCCUGACAUAUCUGUCAGUAUGUUAUCAUGAUUCCAUACCUCUCGAUGUUUCGUCUCUCAGACUGGCCUGUACAAAGAGACACCGGAGGCUUCACUGGAUGAGGCAAGGCAUCAGAGUAUGGCAAGUCCGGUGUGAACCAUCAUCAGCUUCAUGGAGUCUGCUUCUUUUUAAAAGACAGCUCACUCUAAACUAUCCUAGAAUGCAUGUGGGGUAAUUUAAGCCUUGAUGAGAAGAUGGCUUCAGACACUGAGGAACAGCUGAGAGAGAGGAACGAGAGACCUAGAAUCUAAUCUACCGCUAACACUGCCACUAACAUUUCUCGUAGGCAGCGGCUAUAAGAUUAUGCUUUACAUAUUGUGAUAAAGGACUCACAAAGCAUAUAGCACUUUUUAAAGUCUUUAUUUUGUAAUGUAUGUGUCCAAUGAGAAUGAAACUUGAAAGAAUGUCUCAUUUCAAAAUACCCCUUUUUAAUACUCUCUCUUGAUCCACUUACAUCCUAUUAGGUCCUAAACCUCUUGCCUUACAAAAAUCUAAUGUGGUUUCCAACGCAUACCCACAGCAUAACACUAAAAACUCUGCUUCUUGGGGGUUUUCUCUCAGGAGAAAAUUUUUCAAAGAAUAUUGCACUUGUGACUUGUAAAUGGAGAGUAGUGGGUGUAAAAUGUUUGUUUUAAUAUGUAAUGGUUUCGUUGUUCUGUUCUGGGGGUUGUUUUUUUUGUUUGUUUUAAAUCAACUACAUAGUUGAUAGACCUGCACAUAUCCCUGAUGUAACUGUCAUUCCAGCCGCUGGCAAAGGGGCUUGGACACUGUAUUGGUAUAAUGUGAGCUCUUUAGAAAAAAAAAUACAGCUGAAAAUGGUUUGCCUUCUUUAAUGCUGUGUUCUGUGUGACUCACCCAAGAAUUUGACAACAUGAAGAGGGGUUGUUGAAAACAACCAAUAAGGAGUAAAUAUUGCAUAGGGUCUCCUGUCUCCACAUAGCUGAGGUUGAAACCACCUUCUUGUUUUAGCCCAAAUUUUGAUAUAUUCCUUGGUCGGAGUGAUUUUGAUUUGUUUGUUCUAAACCCAUGAAUGGCUGAUUGUGUGAACUGUUUGAUGGGAAGAGGAACAUGUAUGGAGUCAGGGUGAAGAGUGCUGGGUAGAGUUGUCCAAAUAUUUAAAAGUACAUGAGCUUUCUUAGGGAAUCAUUCUUUCAACUAGAGUAAGGUGAAGGUUAUCUCAAUCCCAGACUUCAUUAAACCAGACCAUAGUGUCAGCAUCAUUGAAAUGGAAAAGUCAUAAUUAAAAGGUAUUGCACAAGGUUCCUAGUUUUAAGAGCUGACUUGCUCCAUUUGGGUCCAAUCCAACUGCCAAUAAAGUCAAUGGGAAUCUUUUUAUUGACAGUAAUGGGAGUUGCACUGGGCCUCUUAGUUCAUUAGGAAAUCUGUUUACGUGUUGGAAUAUUCGACCAAAUCCCAAGGUCUUUAUCCAGGGUUUAUUCAAUCCUUUCUCAGGCAAACUCCUACUGAGCAAGGGUUUGGCCCAAUGAAAAUAGUUGGACACUGGAAAGGAAAAACUGCAGAUCAGAGAAUUUUCCAUAAAAAUGUGACAUUAAUUUCUGUCUUGAUCUUUUUGAUUAAAAUCUGUGGAUUUCUUUGAGGCAAAGGAGGGAGGAUGCUAAGGGGACUUCAACCAGUGGUUUCUCAAGCGUGUGUGUGUGUGUGUGUGUGUGUGUGUGUGUGCACAUGCACUUCCCCUCUUCCCACCCCCUCAAGCUUACUGGCCAUGGUCUUUGUUAAUAACAUGUACCCUGUUUUUGAGAUGCUUUAAAACAUUGCAGGUCUCUGGACAAUUUAUCACACUGCACUGGCAUAAACUUGUUGCUAUGGUUGGGGCCAUGACGUUCCACGCUCAGCCAGUGUACACAGGCAAGAAUCCUCCCUUCUACCAUCUAGGCAGUCCUCAUCUCCCCAUGUCCUCAUCUCUGUUGCCUUUGUCUGCUGCAUUCUAAAGUGCAAUUAUCUGGGCCCCUUUCUGAAUGCCCUUCUUCCCAAUGUCCUGGCAAUGACCAUGGUCUGUUCACUAGAACCUAGAUCACGUGGUAUUUUUUAUGCUUGGUGAACAGGUUAAGCAAAUCAACUCAGGUGGGUUAAAUACCAGGUCUUCAUCAAAUUCUUAUUCAAUUUUCAUGCACGCAAGGCUGCAAGGAUUAAAAAUUAACAUAGAGUCAUCUCCAGGGUGGUGCUGUCUGCGGUCUCAUCUGACCGGGACCUUUUGAGAAACAUUACUAGAGCUAGUUUGACAUUUUGGAAGCUUAGCUUCGCAUAUGCCAGCUGCUGUACAAUACACUGCUAAAGACUCCGGCCCCCCCACCCUACCAAUUUAUCUUGUCUAACAAAUACAUACUUUCUAAUUGAAAUAGGCUGCAAAAGAAUCGCGUAUGAGACUGUUAGCCAUCCCGUUGUCAUCCAGGGCCUUUCCCCAAUUCCUCUUUCAUAAGCAGAAUUAGGGCCUGAUAUUUCAACCCUUACAGGUGUAAAUAAUCGUCCUGUGUAGUCCCAUUGAAAUCAAUAGUACUGCUGAUGAGAGUAAGGGCUGCAGAAUCAGACCUUUACUUUGUAUCUUAUUGUUUUUCACCCAUCCUGAUGUUGUUUCUCAUGUUGAUUCUUUCCCACUGAGCCUUUUGAAACUUGAUUUUCCUUCUUUACCACAAUGCCAUCUGGUGGUACACACAAGUCCGAAUGGUGCUUUAUCACCCUUAGUAAGGAAGUUCUGUUGAUCUGUUGCAGCCGUCCGAAGGCUUUUACCCUGGUUCUAAUGAGUCCUGUCAUUCUCCCUAGAUGUGGAUCAUGUUAGUGACCAUUCACCAUCAAAAUACACAUUCCAAGCUCCUCUUAUAUGACGUACUUCCAGAUGAACAGCAAAACUAUGACAGAAUUGUCUUUUCUUUCUCUUUCUCUUGUUCAUCCCCACUGAAGUCA